UGUGAAUUUCAAGAACUCAAGAAAGACGGAGAUAUUGCUUCUUUUUUUUUUUAAAGUUAAUGUGUAAAAAUCUACCAAAAACAAAAUAAACAAACUUUCAUUAAUAUAAAAUUUCUAGUUCAGCAGUGAAUGGAUUUAAUUUUUGAAUAAGAGAGAGAGUUGCAUAAAUUUCUUAUCGCAUCGCAUGGGUUUAAUAUAAACAAAACAGAAGACCUAAAACAAUAAUGUUCUUAACAGUCAUCAUUUGGUUAAUACUUUUAUGCCUAAUAUUUUGUGCCUUUUGGUUUUCCAAAACAACCAGAGAUAUACCAAAAUCAUGGUAUGAAUGGAAAAUGGAAUUUCGCUUUCAAUAUGUGGGAAUAGUGGGUCUGAUUGAUGAUUUUAUAUAUAGAUGUAAUAAUAAAGUCGAGCUUUACAAACAACCUGACCGUAUCGCUGUAUUAACGGGCGGCAAUCGCGGUAUUGGUUUAAGGAUUGUUGAGAAAUUGCUAAAUUGUGAUAUGACAGUAAUAAUGGGUGUACGUGAUCCCAAAACCGCUGAACAGGCUGUCAAAUCAUUAAUUAAUUUAGAGAAUAUUGGAGGUAAAUUAAUUUGCGAACAAUUAGAUGUGGGCAACAUGAAGUCGGUGAAAGAAUUUGCUGGAAAAAUCAAAGCGAAAUAUUCGAAAGUAGAUUUAUUAAUCAAUAACGCCGGAAUUAUGUUUGCUCCCUAUAAACAGACCGAAGAUGAAUUUGAAUCGCAUUUAGCCGUAAACUAUUUAGGGCAUUUUCUUUUACAGCAUUUGCUCUUACCAGAAUUAAUGAAGGCCGGCAAGAAAGAACGUAAAGCACGCAUAGUAAAUAUUUCAUCGUGUGCUCAUCUAAUAGGACGCAUAAAUUAUGAAGACAUUAACGCCAAAAAAUACUAUUAUCCCGCUACAGCUUACAGUCAAUCGAAAUUAGCUCAAAUUUUAUCGACACGUCAUUUACAAGGUCUCUUGAAUGCACAAGAAGCUCCUGUCCUUGUACUGGCCGUGCAUCCCGGCAUUGUGGAUACUGAUCUAUUUGAAUUUACGGCCACCACCUCGGUACCGUUCAUUAAGAAAUUAAUUUUCAAAACCCCUGAGGAAGGUGCUCGUACACCAAUUUACGCAGCUAUCUCGCCGAAACUAGAAGAUGGAGAAGGCGGCCUGUAUUUAAGUAAUUGCCGUAAAGCCACUAUCAAUCCUAUUGUUUUGAAUCCGGAAAAAUGCGAAAAAUUCUUUAAAUUUUCAUGUGAUUUGUUAGGAAUUGAAGAGUUCAUUGGUAGAAAAUGAAGAGUUUAAGACAUUUUUUUAUAUAUAUAUUCAUACGCAGCCAUUUCAGCUCAGAAGUUUUUAGGUUUAUAAGUCAUAGUCCUUGAUGAAUUGAACUGCAUUUAAAAAAGCUUAGCUUGUAAAUGCAUUAAACUCGCUUUAUAUACAUAUAUAAAAUCAUUUAUAUAUUUACAAGUAUUCGCAGAAUGAUCGAUGAUUUUAAUUACUUUUAACGUCCAACCACUUUGUAUUCGCAUACUUUUGAUAUAAUUUUGAAAUAUCAAGUGUGCUUUAAGCAUUUAAAUUUUAUCUAAAACUUGUCCACUUCUUUUCGCUUAAAAAGGAGAAACAUUCAUCAGCAUUACUGUCGACAGGCGUUUAACGAGAUGAAGCAUUCCUUAUGUGUACUAAUAAGCCAAAUAUAGUAUUAGUUUAAUUAAUAAGAGGCUCGAAAAGCUCAUUACUCAUACUUAAUACUACACUCUGUCACACUUUCUUAACCUAAUUAAAUUCUUUCUAUGAAACCUUCUUAGGCAGGCAAGAAGUGGUCUCUCAAAUUAUCGAAAUUCUCCUGAAUAAAGAUAAGGGUAAAAAGCGAAACAUUAAUUUAAAAUUUCGACUUCAGGUUCAGGUUUUAGCCGUUUUUUUAGUGUUACGUUGGAAUGGCUUUA